AUGGCUGUUGAAGAAUUGGAGGAGUUGGUUACUGAGGAUUUCGGGUUCAGAAAAGUCGGCUCAGGAAUUCGGUUGCUGUCGGGAAUAUCCGAUGGUUCCACACUCAAACACAACACACUGAACUUUCUUGCAUGGGAUAAUACCACUGGCAAGUAUGCUGCAUACAACCAGACAGAGCUCAUCACAGGUGAUAUCAGCAAGUUGGUAGAAAAACUUGGCGCAGAUUCGACUGAAGUUGAAGAUCAGAAUGUGAUAUCCACUUCCGGAAAGAAGAUAACUUCUAUUUCGUAUACUGCGGAUGGCUCCAAACUGAUUGCGUCUUCGGGUGACGAACUACUGUUUCUCUCUGCUGGUGAGACGAAUCUACAAUCGAUACGGAAAUUCGACCAUGGUGUUGAAAGCUUCCAGAAUGCUCCAUGGUACGGCCACAUGACAGCGGUACUUCUGGAAAAUGGAGAUUUACACAUAGUAAACCUGGAUCAGACGGAUACCAAGCUCAUCGGUUCGUCCGUUCUUUCAUUUUCGUGGUCGUCUUUCGAGUCAAAUUCAAUUCUAGCUGGCCUCAAAAAUGGACAGUUGCAGUUGGUGAAUACAGAGAAUUUUUCUGAGAGAGUGUUGAAUGCUCCUGUUGGGCUGGCGAUAGACCCUUCGUUUCCAAUCUCCAUCAGUUCAGUUUCGGCCGGUUCGUGGCUGACUUUCUACGGAGAUGUGGAACGCGACGAAGAUGAGCGUCCAGACUAUGCGGGUGUGAUGCUCACUAUUGAUGGUGAUACUCUUACCUGGAAGGAGUCAUCCUUGAUCUGCUCUCCUUACGGAAUCAUCGAACGGAAACCCACAAUCUACAGCGUUUCUCUCCACAAAUGGCUCGAAGAUUUCCCUUUCUUGAACGUUGUUGCGGGUGCUUUGUCUACUGAUAUUGCCAUUGUCAGUCCCAACGAGAUCAUAUCCCAGCUAAAUGAUGGUGACAGAGCCCAGUUGCCAAUUGACGAAGAUACGGGUGAUGAUGACACCCCACUUGGAAUUGCAUUAGACCUCACUGCCACUGAAGACGUUAUAGCACCAGUGGUGGGAGUUGAAAGAUCACCUCCUCUGCCUCGUAUUUGGGUUUUAACCCAACGGGGUGAACUGGUGGCAUGGGAAUUAUUCUAUAAGAAAGGACUCAGCACCGGCAGUGUCAAGCUGGACACAAUUUUGGGCUUUGAGGCCGAGAGAUCUCAACAUGCUAAGAAGUUCACAAGUUUCGAGAUAUCCGGGAAAAUAGCUGAGUCUGAGACCAAACCCGAAACAAAGGCCGAGCCAAUAUCCAGCUCAAAGCCCGAUUCCAUAUUUAAAUCAUCACCUACUGCCAAUCCCUUUGCAUCUUCGAAGUCUCCUUUUGAAGUCUCCAAAUCCACUUCUGAUUCUCCAUUCAGCUCAGUGAAACCUCUUGAGACCAAGACGCCUGCAUUUGGCUCUUCUACCUUUGGAAGUACCGCAACAGCGUUCGGGAGCAGCACGUUCGGCCAGUCCAGCACAUCUGCAUUUGGUGGUUCCGGGAAUUCUAAACCUGCAUUUUCGUUUCAAAGUGGUACAAGUGGGUUUGGAAAAGUUGCUCAAGAGAGCUCGCCUUUUGCUAGUUUAAACAAAACUUCGGGUGAAACGUCCUCUCCUUUUGGAGGUUUAGCUGCCAAGAAGACGUCACCACCAGGUGAGAAAGCUUCUCCUUUUGGAAGCUUAGUCGCCUCAAAAUCAAAGGAAACAUUCUCCGAGGAAAAGUCAACCACGCCAGCUCCUGCGUUUGGAGGGUCUUCCAUCGGCAAGAGUGCUUUUGGGCAGAGCUCAUUUGGGAAUCCAGCAGCGGGACAGAAUGCUUUUGGCAGUUCAGCAUUCGGGAAGCCUACUUUUGGAACAACUGGAGAAACCGAAUCGAAGCCAAGUCCGUUUGGAAGCUCAGCGUUUGGAAAGCCCGGUUUCGGAGCGUCCUCUCCAGCUCCAACAGCUCCAACAGCCUCGAAUGCCGCUACUCCAGGUCAGACUGCUUUCGGACAAACUUCGUUUGGAAGCUCAACAUUUGGUAAGUCCACCUUUGGAACUUCAUCACCGACCUUGUCCUCUACUCAAACUGCCUUUGGAAGCUCAACUUUUGGACAGUCUUCAUUUGGAACAUCCUUGUCAACGGCUCCAGCCGCUUCAAUGAAAUCAGGGUUUGGUGCUUUUGCCAGCAAAUCAGUCUUUGGGAAUCUCUCUGCAGGCUUGAAUGAACCUGUCAAAUCAGCGUCUCCCUUUGAAACUUUGGGCUCGACAUCAAAGUCUCCUUUUGAAACUCUGGGCUCCAAGUCUACUCCUCUGUUUUCCACGCCGGCCAAUACAACGGCUCAGAAAGAUACUGAAGACAGCUCAAGUGAAGAAAGUGAACAGGAUGAAUUGGAAGAACUGGCAAAUGACGAGCAAGACCCUUCGGUAACGAACAACGAGUCUGAGUUAUCAUUUGGAAAUGUCGACUUGAACGAGCCAGCAGAAGGUGAUAGUUUGUUUGAUGAAACUGGUGAUGACAGCGAAGUUCCUGAAAGCUUGGUGAAUCUUUCAGCUGAUACCUCUCAGCCUGGCUCUGAAUUUUCGAGAAUCGAAAGCGAGGGCGAGGAAGAUGAGGCUGAGGCGUCCACACUGGACGAAGAGCGAACCCUGGGAAGUUCUGGCGAUGAGGUAUCGUUUGAAGAAGACUCAGCUGCCCCAGAGACAUCGUUUUUCAGAGACGACAGUGCAGUUGUGGACAACUCUGUCGGUGAUGUUGCAGCAGAGCAGAACGAGCCGGUGCCUGAAGAUAACGAACAACUCAAUCCACAUGAGCCUGAACAAUUAGAGCCAACAGAAAUAACCAAAAACCUUUUUGAGGCCACCCCAGAUUAUGGCACAGAAGAGUCUCCAAAAGUCUCCGAGACGAAGGCAAGCAGUGACGACCCUGAACCUGCUUUAGCCUCAACAGAAGCAAAAGUGCCCGAAGCUGCUAAAAGCAGUUCUGAGGGUUUGGAGUCAGGGAAAGAGCAGGCAGAGACGGCUGAAAAGGAAAGCCCAGAUGUCCAGGAUACAAAGCCAGAGCCCAAUAAGAUUCAAGAGGGUGUUCAGAAACCUCAAGACUCGUUCAAAAGCAAGCUCGAUAAUGGCAUUGGAACCAAGUAUCCAGAAGCUACCUCCAAACCUCUGCAUCCUGAUCAGUCUGUGGACAAGAAAGCAGAGGAAACAGAGAAUGUUCGGUCUGGUAAGUCAAGUGACGACUGGACAGUAGGGGUUAUCAACAGUCCAGUGGAAAAGCCAAUGGAACCUCUUCCUUAUCUCCAACUUCGACAGGUUGUUUAUCCUACUUUGGAUGAGGAUCCCGACUUUGAAGAAGUGGAAAGACUAUACUAUGACACGGAGUCUGAAUUUCUUGUGCUGGAAAAGAAUGUGUCAAAUAUUGGCAAAUUCAUAAAGAGCCAUACGGCACUUGAUCAAGAAUACGAAGAGACCUCUUUGGAUCGACCAGAGUUGUGGAAACUUGACGACGCUUCGACAGUGUCACAGAUUGCGGAUUCCAUUCAAAGUCAACUCAAAGAACAUCUAGAAGAGAAGCAGCAAGUUUUGGAAAGGGUAAGCAAUGUCAAGGCUCAGAGUACCACUUCGUCUCAAUACUCUCUCAAGUUAUCCCAAGACCUGGCCCUGCUGAAUUCCCAGUUCACAGACAAAACUUCAAUCAAGAAGAAGUUGCCCCUGGAUAUCAGACAGGCAACCAUCAGAAAUGCAAUUCGCGAGAAGCUGGCAUCUGCACAGGAUAGCAAGAGAGAGCUGGAGUCCAAAAUAUUGUUGAUCAAGUGUCUCGUCUACAGGGACUCUAUUCAGGGUCCAAAGGAUUUCGAGCACGUGUUGAUUGCCUUGGACGCCACUUUGCGAAAACAUAUUUCCGAGAUCAAAGCUCUGAAGGAGCUAAGAGGUUCUGUUGAAAAGCUUAAGGUUAGCGACCGGCCGCCUGUAAGUGAUUUGACGAAGAGCAUGUUGCGUCUAUCAAUGGACAAGCUGAACACCGGAAUUAUCACGAAACAGGAGCUAAGAGAGACGUUGGGCCUGCGGAAGCUGAAACCAAUUGAGAUUAGUUUUGAGUGA